AUGGUGAUGAUAAAGGAAAAUGAGACGUGGGAGGUUGUUGAGAAACCUCUUGACAGAAAGAUCAUUGGUGUCAAAUGGGUCUUUAGAACAAAGUUGAAAGCAGAUGGUUCCAUCAAUAAAAACAAAGUAGGGCUUGUAGUGAAGUUUGUUGAUGAGUUUAAAGAAGAAAUAAUGCAAGUUCUUGAAAUGACAGAUCUUGGUCUUAUGUCCUAUUUUCUUGGGAUGGAGAUCAAGCAAAGCAAAAGUGAAGAGUUCAUUUGCCAAAAGAAAUACGCAAAGGAAAUUCUGAAGAAAUUUCAAAUGAAGGAUUGCAAGCCGACGAGCACACCAAUGAAUCAAAAUGAGAAAUAUUAUAAAGAUGAUGGAGCCGAUAAAGUUGAUGAAGGGUAUUAUAGAAGCUUGAUUGGAUGCUUAAUGUAUCGCAAUGCGACAAGGCCAUAUAUUCUAUUUGUUAUACACUGUUUCAAUGAAUCGUUGCACUAUUUCGCGAACAGAUGCACUGUUUUCGAUGAACAGAUGAACUAUUUUUAUAAACAGAUGCAUUAUUCCAGUGAACUGAUGCACUGUUUCAGCAAACUAAUGCAAUGUUUCGAUGAAAGGACACAAUGUUUCACACGAACUGCCAAGCGCCUAUCAGAAACAGCCUGUCUGCCCCAUUUUGUGGGACUACAGUGGAGAUGUGAAAGAACAUCUGCGGCAGUCUGGUUCUCAGGGGAGGGCUGCUAUCAUGAGGAUGAUGAAGGAGUGUGCUAA